AUGCCGGCUCGAAACCACCUUGCGGCACCCCAACAGCCGGCACAGCUGGCUCGCGGAAGUCGCGAUCAUGUUCGACGUGACUUGGAGGAGGAAGUGGCAGCAGGUGCCGAGGAUGCUAUCGAGAUCUUCGAGUUCCCGCGCGUGCACGAUACGUCGGAGCAGGUGCACGAGCACAUUGUCGAAAACAACCUCACCUCCGCGGACGCCAUCCAGAAGCUGCGAGGUGAGCGAGUCGAGCAGACCGAACAGCAGCUUAGAUACUCCCGUCUUGAGCAGCAGAGCGGCGGCUCGUCGCAGUCCAGCUCCAGCUCCAGCUCAGCCUCCAGCUCCAGCUCAAGCUCAGAAUAG